AUGCCCAAAGAACAAUAUACUACAAAUUCACCAGACGAAUUAUUAUCAAAUACUUCCAAAGAUUUACCUAAUAAUUCUUUACCUGCACGUACAGGACCGUAUCGUCCUAUAUCAGCUAAACGACCACGUGAUCCAUCUCAGCGUAAAAGUGUUUCAUUUAAUGAUGUUCCUACUAUAUAUGAAGUUCCGUCUCAUGAUAUCAUGCGUGGCUCUAAUGGUGAUGCAUAUCGUUCAUGGACAUAUACAGAUGCAACAUUACCUACAUCUGCUACGUCGUCAUUAUCAUUGUAUUCACCACAAACAAUUAUACCACCCACUCCAAAUAAUGUUUCUGCUCAAAAAUUACAGGCUAAUCGUUUAAGUAGUGCUCUAUAUUCAACAUCAUCAACCCUUACGACAGCAAAUCGUUUGACUGAUUGGGCUUCAAGAACUAGAACAACAAAAUCGAUACCAACUACAGAAGAAACAACUAUAACAAAUGAAAAUAAUGUUUCUUCAAAUGCAUCUGUAAUUGUUGUUCAGACGCCUGAUGAAAAAAUAAAUAAAGAUACAACAGUUAAAAAUAAUAAUCAAUCAACAUAUAGUAAUCCAUAUUUGACUUAUCCUCAGUCAACAUCAACAUCAACACCAACAGCAACAUCAGCAUCUUCUUCAUCAAUUGCUCCUGAAAAUGUUGAAGAGAAAAGAUAUUCUUUUCGUACACCAUUCAUACCUGAAACAGAAUAUUAUCGUAGUUUACAAUUUACAAACGGAAUAUUAACUAAUUCGACACCAAAUUAUUCAUCAAUAUUAUCUUCGAACAAUGGCCAAUCAAAUUAUAAUUCCAAUGAUUCACUAACAUUUGCAAAUUCUCGUGGAUCACGUAUUCGUUCAGCUAUAACGCCAGGAACAAUGACACAAUCAUCAUUACGUACUAGUGAUACAAUUUCAAUUACACCAUUUCGUGCAGCAUCAUCAACAUAUUCAGCGAAUGCUGCAACUCCAUCAACAAGAACAAUUUUACGUCCAUCAACAGUUGCUUUUCAAUCUGCACAACCAUCAGUACCACCAGCAACUACAACAACACCUAUAAACAUCAUAAAUAAUCCACCAACAACACCUGCUACAACAGCAACCAACAUUAUCAAUGCUACAAAUUCAAUAACAAAUACAAUAAAACCACCUACUGCACAACCACGUUUUGCCUCAUCAGCAGCUGCAGCAGCUGCUGCACAUUCUCGUUUUAUGCUACCUCCAAAUCGAGCAUUUCCAUCAUCUACAUUAGCUUCAUCAGCAAUUAAAUAUUCUUUUGGUCAUUCAACAACAGAUCCAACAACAACAAAUCCUAUAGCAUCACAAACAGCAGCAUCAAAAACGGCUCCAAAUGUUUAUCCUCGUUCACGUUCAGCAAAUGUUUUAAGUAUGAGACGUACAGUUGCUUCACCUGUUGUUAUGCUCGAUGGUCAAUCUCAUGGAAGAAAUACAACAACAUCAACUGAUCCUAAUACUAAUUUAUAUGCAACAAGGCGUAGUCCAAAUGUGAGACAAACCUACGGUGCUUAUUAUAUGCAUCAUGUUCUUUUACCCACAACUACUAAUUGA